CAGCCUCAGCUCUAUUACCCAUAAGGCUAUUUUACUAUUGUUAUUGUUAUUAUUUAUUUAUAUUAUUCAGUUCAGCGUUUAUCAAUCGCCGACAGUGGAAGAACCAGUAAAUAAAACGUUGUAGGUACUAAUUUUUAUUUAGCUACAAGAUGUUUUAAAUUUUAAACUAGUAUUAUUCAAAGUGAACACUGAACAGUAGUUUUAUAAUAAUGUUUUAGGUAUCAAAAUGUUUCAUUUUCAAGUUUGAAGUGAGAUACUGUACGGUACCGGUACUCAUGCUUAUAUUUUAUUAGUAUAUAACCUAUGUAGAGAUGGAUGACCACGAACAAGAGGAGACUUCAUGCAGAACAUCAGAUCAUAUUGAAACUAAGACUAAACAUGAAUCGAGUAAAAAAUCAAAGAGAAGAAAAACCGAGAAAAGUCAAAAAUACGCAAUUUUACCGCCUGUUGUAGUCACUAACAUUGCUGAAUCUAUUGGUAUUGAUGAUCUACCUGAGAAUGUUUCAAGUGCUUUAGCCGAAGAUGCCACAUUUAAACUCAGAGAACUGAUUAGUAAUUGUGCCACAUUAUUGAAAAACCAAAGAAGAAAAAAGCUCCUGACUGAAGAUGUGAAUAGAGUUUUAGAAAUAGCAGAUGUAGGCCGCAUUUAUGGACAUAACGCUCCGGACGAAUGUGGAUUUACUUUCAUUGAGGAUGCUGGAAUUUAUAUACAAGAGGAUCAUAAAGUUGAUGUUGUUGCUAUGGCAUUGAACGAUUUGACUUUAACGCAAAAAAAAGUUCAAUGUAUUACAGGUACGAGAGUUGUGCUGGACCCAGUAGAGCAACGCAAAGAGAAGACAGGUGACGGGCAUGCGGCAGCGGCGGCGGCGGCGGCUACAGCAGGAACCAGCUCAAGUGCUGGCGAGGUUGGUACCAACUCAAACGCUGGCGAGGAUACCAGCUCGAAUGCUGGUGAGGGUACCAGCUUAAACGCUGGCGAGGGUACCAACUCAAACACUAGCGGGGGUACCAGCCCAAGCGCUGGCGAGGGUACUUCGACUGAUCCACAGGACACCUCUACCAAGUCCUCGGCCAAGUCCAGCGAAACCAACAAGCACUCCCAAGAACUUCUCAACUAUUAUAUUCAAGUUGCCAGAGCAAUAUUGGGAGGCUCUACGUCGCUUCUUAAGGUGGCUUUGAAAGAUUUGAUGAGUAAUCCUCGUAUCGGACCUGUGUGUCCUUAUUUCUUUAACUUGAUAGCACUUUCAAUAAAUAAGCUUCCGAGGCACGAUUGGCUUACCAACGCCCUCCUGUCGACUGUUGAGGCUAUCCUCGAGAAUCCUUAUGUUGAUCCAAGCAGCUAUCUUGCGGCUAAAAGAACAAUCAAUUCGCUUCUUGUAAUUGCGAUUGAACCAAAAGUAGCAAAAAAUUGCGAUGACUUCCUCUUGAGGACAAGAGCCGCACGUUUGUUAUCGGAGGUUCUAGAUGCUUGGAACAUAGACCAGAAAAUUCAAAAUGAUAUUGUAAGGCAAUUGAUGCAAUUAUUGCUGGAUAAGAAAAUCUCGCUGCAGACUCAGUUUGGUGCUAUAUACAGUCUCAUUUCUCUGGAACACUUUUCACUCAGUUCGCAUUUUUGGCCUGUUAUCGGCAGAUACAUUCCAAUUUUGGAAGAAAAGCAAAACUCUGACGUGCUGCUUGCCACGCAAGUGGGAGGCUGCAUACAGCUGGCAGCUGCAAAAAUGUACAUAGACGAGUGGACUCAGGAUGUCACCGUUGACGAAUGGAAGCGGAGACUGAAAGUGGAUCACAUGCUCUAUGAGCAUUUCGGCGACGCACUUGUGCCCAUCCGACAAGACUUCUCCAUAACAGGCCCUUAUUUCUACUCGAAACCCAAUGGCAAUUUCGAAGAAUCAUUUCCAACUGAAGAAGAAGAUCAACCAACUUACGAACCUACUUCUGCAGUAAACAUGGAAGUAGAGGACACUAGUUCCAAUAAUGUCACUCCUGCAAUCAAUUUCACGAAAAAUAGUCCAAUUGUUUUCAAAAUUGAACAUGCACGUCAAAUCGAACUAAAAAUGAAUAGGAAACUCUGUAGUAUUCAAAUGCCCCUCUAUACUGAAUCUCCUAAAAGCUUUCGUUCUAUUUGGAAUAGACAAACGCUGUACAAAAAUACAAGGACAAUAAAAUACUGUGUCGAAUCACAUUUGAAAAGUCCAGCUGGUUAUCUAUAUUUGAUUUUGUAAUAAUACAGUUAAAAAUAGCAUUUUUUUGCGGGAUGUAAUUGAAUUAAAAGUACUUCAAUUUGCCAACAAAAAGUAAAUAAACUUUUUUGUUACUCCAAAUAUCAACGGAAAAUGAUUUCAAUGUUAUAAAAAAUAACAUUUAGCUCACUAUUAAUGUACAGAAUUCCAGGGCCCAAGGCCGGUCCCGACGCUGCAACUCAUCUGAUAUUAAUUAAUAAUGAAGAUCUAAAUCUUGUAAAGAUGGAAAUAGAUUAUUAAUAUUGUGACUUUACAUUUUCAUUUCGAUACGGUAUCCAAAUUUUAAAUCACCAUUGUGAUAAAUGCAUCAUUUAUGUAAAAUCUAUUGUUCACCAUUGUGGUAAAUGUACCAUUUAUGUAAAAUUUAUUGUUGUGUAACAUUUAUGUAAAAUUCAUUUUUGUGUAACAUUUAUGUAAAAUUCAUUGUUGUGUAACAUAUGUAUCAUAUGUAAAGUUUUACAAUACCGUAUUUCUACGAUAAAAAUCG